UUUUAUUGUGUGUUUGUAUAGAUUUGAGGGUUUUUUUGGUGGAAGUGUAGUUGUAUUUAGGUAUUUCUUGAUAACAGUAACCCAUAGUCCCCCCCCAGUGGGGGGACCUGUGGGGGAAGACUUUAUCCAGAAUACUUUCCGGCUUGCUUUUUGUCCUCCAGGAAACCAGAAGCCCUGGGUGAUUAGGUAGGCUGGGAGCAGGGUUGAGUCAGAUGGAGUGCCAGAGUGGGAGGCCUGUGCUGAUUAGUUGAAUCCCUUUGCUAUUACAGAAUGCCCCCCAAAUUGCUAUGUGAAGGCAACUCUUUGAUUCACAUAUAGUGACUUUUCUUUCUUUUUAUAAUGUAUUUUUUGGGGAACAUCAGGAGCCACCAGGAUAGUGUGGUCUUUCCUGGGGAGGGGGAAUCUUUAAUAAAUCAAAGAAGAACCCAUUAAAGAAGUGAAUUUUGAAUGUGUAUUGCCUGGAUUAUACAAGACUCUAGGACAGUGGUUCUCAACCUAAUGCCCCAACCUUUUAAUACAGUUCCCUGUGGGUGGCAAGCCACAGGUUGAGAACUGCUGCUCUAGGACAAUUUAAGUUCUUCUGGGACUGUUGAAACAUUGUUUUUAAGAUAGAAUGUAGAAUGUACUGGAUGCUUCUCUCUGUACUCUGAAUAUGCAUGUUAUGUUGGGGUGUGGGUGGGGAAAUUGGGGCCCUCACUUGGUCCUUCUCUGUUGUUUUUUCCAGGACAAAGCCAAAGGCCCCUUAGCUGGCCGCCAUGCCCCCUUUUUUCCCCAUGGUCCUUUAUCCCAUGGCCACAGGGAUGUGUGGUCCCCUGAAUUCCCCACCCAGGCUCCUCUGCACCCAGAGCCGUGGGCCACCUCAGAAGUGUCAUCUCUCUCUGAGCACGCAUUCCCCUGCAGCAAGCGAGCGGGCGGGCAGCAAGGACUGAGCAGAUUGAGUGAUCCUGGGGCAGAGAGGCCUGGGAGGAAAGGUGUUCAGCCAGUCGUUUGUAAGGCGCUCGUCGGCACCUGCUGAAAUGUUCCCACCUGACAGCCCCCUUCUCAAAAGACUGUCUGAUUACACAUGGCAGGUUCUAGAGACUCAAGGGGGAGAGCUGCUUUCAAGGCCGCCACAUGUCUGUGCUCCCUGCCCAACCAUAUCUGCCUUGUGUUUAUUUUGUUCCUUUGUGAUAUGAGACUGCAAAGACCAAUAAAAACAUAUUUCAGAAGAACAAAAGGCUUGGGGCUCCCACACAUGUGGGAGCAUUGUGGGAAGCCUUUGCUAGGUUGUCUGUUGUGCUGUGUGGUUUGUUUUGUUUGCCCCUUUAUUUUGCUCUGCUUACCCAGUUUUCCCUUACCCUUGAAUGCUUCUUACCCUCAGGCAAACCUAUGUUUCCUGGUGUUCAGGCUCUGCUUUCAAGCAAGUGUUAAGGCUGUCAAGAGUUUCUCUUUAGGGCAUUAAAAAUUCCCACAAGAUACAAAGAGCAAUGUUUUAAGUUUCUCAGGAUUAGAAGAGUUAACAUAAAAAUUAAUAAACAUUUUCAAUGAUGGAAAAAUGUGUCUUGUAAUUCUUUGGCUCUUGCCUUGUUGAGUGCAUUAGAGAGGAAGACUCUCAGCCAUGUUUGCUCCCUAAUCGCUUGUCUUGUAUGGUGUCAUCUUUUCUAGCUGUUUUGAUAUUUGUUAAGUUUGCAGAUGAGUUUGGGGCCUCUGGCAACAUAGAGACUAAGGAACAGGGUGUAGUGUCUGUGCGCUUUGAAGAAGAUGAAGACAGGAAUUUGUGUUUAAUAGCAUAUCCAUUAAAGGGGGACCAUGGAACUGUGGACAUUGUAGAUAAUUCAGAUUGUGAACCAAAAAGUAAGCUCCUAAGGUGGACAAACAAAAAACAUCAUGUUCUAGAAAUGGAAAAGACUCCCAAGGAUUGGGUGCGCCAGCACCGGAAAGAGGAGAAGAUGAAGAGCCAUAAGUUAGAAGAAGAAUUUGAGUGGCUAAAGAAAUCAGAAGUUUUAUACUACAGUGUAGAGAAAAAGGGGAAUAUAAGUUCCCAACUUAAACACUACAACCCUUGGAGCAUGAAAUGUCACCAGCAACAGUUACAGAGAAUGAAGGAGAAUGCAAAGCAUCGCAACCAGUACAAAUUUAUCUUACUGGAGAAUCUGACUUCCCGCUAUGAGGUGCCUUGUGUCCUUGACCUCAAGAUGGGCACACGCCAACAUGGUGACGAUGCUUCAGAGGAGAAGGCAGCCAACCAGAUCCGAAAAUGUCAGCAGAGCACAUCUGCGGUCAUUGGCGUGCGUGUGUGCGGCAUGCAGGUAUACCAGGCGGCCAGUGGACAGCUCAUGUUCAUGAAUAAGUACCAUGGGCGAAAGCUGUCAGUGCAGGGCUUCAAGGAGGCACUUUUCCAGUUUUUCCACAAUGGGCGCUACCUGCGCCGUGAACUCCUGAGCCCUGUGCUCAAGAAGCUGGCUGAGCUCAAAACUGUGUUAGAGCGACAGGAGUCCUACCGCUUCUACUCAAGCUCUCUGCUAGUCAUCUAUGAUGGCAAGGAACGGCCUGAAGUGGCCCUGGACUCAGAUGCUGAGGACUUGGAAGACCUUUCAGAGGAGUCAGCAGAUGAGUCUGCUGGUGCCUAUGCCUUCAAGCCCAUUGGUGCCAGCUCAGUAGAUGUGCGCAUGAUUGACUUUGCGCACACCACCUGUAGGCUGUAUGGUGAGGACACUGUGGUACACGAGGGCCAAGAUGCUGGCUAUAUCUUUGGGCUUCAGAGCCUGAUAGACAUUGUCACAGAGAUAAGUGAGGAGAGUGGGGAGUGAGCUUGCUGUCUCUUCCAGUACCUGAGAGACUCUGUGUCCCAGGCACAGCUGUGCUGCGUCAGGGAGGAGGUCAGUAUGGCCAGUUGUUGGCCCCUGCAGCCUGGAGCUGAUGUGCAGUGGCCUCUGUGAGCCCCAGCCUGAGCCAGCCCCAGCUGCACUUCGAAUCUUUAUUUAUUUUAACUAUUUCUUCAACAUUCCAUGUUUGAUGAUGCAAAUACCUCUUUCUUCCUUGAGUGUAUAUGUUCUAAUAUAAAUCUUGUUUAUUGUA